AAAUUGGUAUUACCUCAUUAGGAAUCACAUCUCUCAAGGAUCUCCAAAAGAAGCCCUUCUUCUCUACACCCAAGUUCGUCGUAAAGGACUUUACUGUUUGGCUGUAGUAGGCCCUUUGGUUUUUAAGGCUUGUGCUUCUCUUUCCUUCAUCAAUUUCGGACAAGCAGUGCACGCCGAGUCGAUUAAGGGCGGGGUGGAUUGUGAGGUAAUGGUUGGGACCUCAUUGGUUGAUAUGUAUGCUAAGUGUGGCAAUGUCGUUGAUUCGCGUAAAUUGUUUGAUUAUAUGCCUGAGAGAAAUGUUGUGACAUUGAAUGCUAUGAUCGGGGGGUACUUGAGGAAUAAAGAUACAAGAUCCGCGUCUAUUUUGUUUGAAAAGAUGUCGGUACGAAAUGGGGUGACUUGGAUUGAAAUGAUUGGUGGGUUUGCAAAGGGUGGAGAUACCAUUACUGCCAGGCAAUUGUUCAACAGGGUUCCUCUAGAGUUGAGGAAUGUGGUCACUUGGACUGUGAUGGUUGAUGGGUACACCGGCAAUGGGGAGAUGGAGGCUGCAAGGGAGUUUUUUGAAGAGAUGCCACAGCGGAAUUUCUUUGCUUGGUCAUCGAUGAUUUCUGGGUACUGCAAGAAGGGUGAUGUCAAGGAGGCCAAGGCCAUUUUUGACCAAAUUCCAGUCCGGAAUCUCGUGAAUUGGAAUUCAUUGAUAUCCGGGUACGCGCAGAAUGGAUUUUGUGAGGAAGCUCUGGAAGCAUUUCGUGAAAUGCUAGCUGAAGGAUUUGAGCCUGAUGAAGUCUCUAUUGUGAGUGUUCUAUCUGCUUGUUCUCAGGUGGGGCUAUUGGAUGCUGGUAAAGAAAUACACUGUAUGAUACAUCGCAAGGGGUUAAGGUUCAAUGUGUUCGUUUUAAAUGGAUUGGUCGACAUGUAUGCAAAAUGUGGGGAUUUAGCCGUUGCGAGGUUGGUAUUUGAAAGGAUUUCUGACAAGAGCACUACCUGUUGGAAUGCUAUGAUCUCAGGUUAUGCUACUCAUGGACAAUGCAAAGAGGCUAUUGAGUUUUUUGGCAGAAUGGAAAAUUCAAACAAAGUGCCUGAUGAUAUAACCUUUCUUUCUGUUCUCUCAGCAUGUGCACAUGGAGGGUUUGUGGAUGAAGGUAUAGAAAUAUUCUCCAAGAUGGAGAAGUAUGGGUUGCAAGCAAGCAUCAAGCACUAUGGGUGCUUAGUUGACCUUUUGGGGCGAGUGGGGAGAUUGAAAGAAGCUUAUGAUUUGAUCAAGAGAAUGCCAAUGAAACCCAAUGACACAGUUUGGACAGCUAUGCUGGGAGCCUGUCGGGUUCAUCUGGACAUGGAGAUGACAGAAGAGAUUGUGAAAGAGGGCACACGAAAUUUGAACAUGGUCACUGCUAACGAUUCGCUCUACGUUCUUCUGUCACAUAUUUAUGCUGCUUCAGACAGCUGGGAGAAGGCUGAAAGGAUGAGGAUGUUCAUGGUUAAUCAAGGGUUACAAAAGGUACCGGGCUGCAGUUCCGUAAUGACUAGAUAAAGCGUUGUGUCUACACUAGAUUGUUAACCACAUGUUAUAUCAGGGCCUUUAAGUGAACUUGCACCCACAAGAAUGGGUAAAUGACCUGUUGAGCAUUAAGCCAAGGCCACUUUGCCACUGGAAGAAGAAACUUUGGUCAUUUACACGUACUACUUUAGGUCUCAUCGGGGAGAUCUCCCCCCGCGAACCAAGAUUCGCCAUGCAGAGAGGUUUUCA